AAAUGUAUUUCACCAAACGCGAAGAGCCACUGCCCAACUAACGGCAUCCAAGCAGGCCCGCAGCUCUGGGUUGCGUCGAUGUCGCGCCAACUGUGUCCAAGGCAGCCAUUAUUCCACAACUGAGCGCCCGACAAGCGUACUCCCAGUUUGAACUACGUGCUAGGAGGGAUACACACGCAUGCGCACUGAGAACACGCACACUCAUGCCGGCAGACAUUUCAAAAUGGCAACACCGAAGAGGACGUAUGUGGCCCUGUUAUUUCAAGACCAUGUGGCACACUGCUGGUCUUCUCCUCUUUAGUUUCUCAGCUCUGGUCCCAGUGUCCCAGCAGGGUCCCUACCAGCGUCACCUGCUGAAGCAGCUCCUGAAAGACUACAACCGCAUGGAAAGGCCAGUGGCCAAUGACUCGCUUCCUCUGACCGUCAACCUGACGAUGAUUCUUGUGCAGAUAAUGGAUGUGGAUGAGAAAAAUCAAGUUCUCACUACGAACGUUUGGCUGCAAAUGCACUGGUAUGACCACUACCUGCAGUGGAACCAGUCUGAGUUCCCAGGCGUAAAAAACCUCAGAUUCACCACAGACCAAAUCUGGACACCUGACAUCCUUCUGUACAACAGUGCUGAUGACGAUUUUGAUUCCACUUUUAAGACAAAUGUGUUGGUCAACUCCAGCGGCUUUUGCCAGUACUUGCCCCCAGGGAUCUUCAUGAGUACAUGCAAUGUGGACGUCCGCUGGUUCCCUUUUGACAUCCAGAAGUGCGAGAUGAAGUUUGGCUCCUGGUCCUUCGACGGCUGGUUGCUGGAUCUGCAGAUGAAAGAGGCUGACAUUUCAGGCUACAUGCCGAAUGGAGAGUGGGACCUGGUGGGAGUUCCAGGCACCAGGAAUGAGCUGUACUACGACUGCUGCAAGGAGCCCUACCCCGAUGUGACCUUUGUAGUGACCAUCCGAAGACGCACGCUCUACUAUGCCCUCAACCUGCUGAUCCCCUGCGUGCUGCUGUCCUCCAUGACACUGCUCAUCUUCGUGCUCCCCGCAGACUCUGGGGAGAAAAUCUCUCUGGGUAUCACUGUGCUGCUGUCUCUGACCGUCUUCAUGCUGCUGGUAGCUGAGAUCAUGCCGGCCACGUCAGACUCCAUACCGUUGAUAGGGCAGUACUUUGCCAGCAUUAUGAUCAUCGUGGGCAUGUCUGUGAUAGCCACUGUGGUGGUGCUGCAGUAUCACCACCAUGACCCCAAUGGAGGAGACAUGCCCAAAUGGGUGCAGCUGGUCUUGCUGCAGUGGGUGGCCUGGUUUCUGCGGAUGAAACGGCCAGGAGAGAGUGACGAGCGUGAGCGCCCUCCAUGUGCCCCCCACCUGCGGCGCUGCUCGUCUGGCUCACACAGUGGCAGCUUGCCCCAGCCAGUGGAGCCCUCCCUGCACCCGCUGCACCCACAGAACCUGCCUCACGCCGGGCUCCCUCAGCUGCACUCACAGGCCAGUGCCAACAAUGGCAACUUGCUCUACAUUGGCUUCCAGAACCUGGACGACCCACCCCUUGUCACAGAUCCAGCACAGAGAGGCAGCAGCCUGCCCCAAAGGGGGGUCCCAGGGGUGGGGGCUUCUAGCCCCCCUCCCCACCUUGCUCAGGCCCCGCCCACCCUGGACAAUGUGGGCUGUGUGGGAACUGCAACGAGUGGCUUGGGAGUCGGAGCUCUGGCAGGAACGGGACUGGGUGCCCAAACGGCCCUAGGGGACCCCCAGCUGCAGGCCAUCCUCGAGGAAGUGCGCUUCAUGGCCGACCACUUCCGCGAGCAGGACGAGAGCGAGAGCAUGGCGGAGCAGUGGAAAUUCGCGGCAGCGGUGAUCGACCGCCUCUGCCUGGUGGCCUUCAGCGUCUUCAACAUCAUCUGCACCAUCUCCAUCCUUAUGUCUGCACCCAACUUCGUGGAGGCUGUGUCCAAAGACUUCGUCUGAGCUGUGAGGCCGGUGGACCAUUGCAUCCUGUGGCACUCAACUUUUGGG